UGAUAACGAAAGUGAAAGUUUUGUUCAUUUUCAACCAUGUGCGAACACGAAGAGAAAUCUUCCCAAAAAAUGGGUAAAAUAAAUUACAAAACGUCGAAAAAUAAGCUCAAACGAUUCCCUCUCAGUACCGAAGAAUUGAAUAAACUCAGUAAAACUGAUUCCGGUAUCGUACUUCGAAAAAAUUGUCGCCACCAGUUGAAACUUCGAUACGAAGCUACUCCAGUCAAUUCGGAUAAUUUCAAGCAACAUGUGCUGGAAGAACUCGAUAAAAAAACACUGCGUUUCAAUACUAAGUUGAAUGAUAUGAUUUUACGUAUUUGUAAUAUAAGAAUUCUUCAACCCAUCGAAGCUGAUCGUUGUCGAAGACUAAAUGUUACCUGUAUCGCCGAUAUCUAUGUGUUUAAGCCUCAGUGCGGUAGUAUUUUAUCAGCCAUUGUCAAUAAAAAAAGUGAUAGUCAUCUGGGUUGCAUUAUGUACGACAUUUUCAACGUAUCGAUUAUAAAACCAACAGAAAUACCUUACUGUGAUUGGCCUGGAAGAAGAAUUAAAGUAAACGAUCGUGUUGUUUUCAAAGUAUUGAAAGUUGAUGUGUCCGAAGUGAUUCCUUACAUAAUUGGCGAAUUAGUAACCGAUGAUGUUUAUCCAUCGAACGGUCGCGAUCGAGAUGAAGAAUACGAUAGUGUGAUAAGUACGGAUUAUAAUAGCACAGGAACAUCGGGAGACCAAUACUCUGAACUUGAUGAUUUAAUCGAAUCUGCUGAAAAACAAAAACCUAAAAAAAGAAAAUUAUCUUUGAAAACGCCGACUAGAGAUAUACCAACGAAGAAGAGACGUUUAAUGUGAUACUUUGAACAUUGUGAACCAAUCUGUUUUUUAUUAUUUUACUUCAACGCUUAUUAAAUUUUUAUAUUCGAA